UUUACACAAGAGCUAUGUUCGAGCAGUUUGGCCAUAUACUGUAUGAGUGUGGUGCAUAUCAGGUAGAAGAAAAAGAAAAAGGAAAGAGUAUAUCGCAAUACAUACAGAUGCUGCACGGCGGGAGAAGUGGUGCAAAACCUCAUACAAGGUGACGGUGAUUGAAGGUGGAGAUGAAUUUGAUUGCGAGUGCGGACAGUUUGCCCACAUGGGGCUGUUGUGCAGCCAUAUACUGAAGGUAAUGGACUUCAUUCGUGUGACAGAAAUCCCAAAGAAGCACAUUCUGAAAAGGUGGACACGAGAUGCGAGAGAUGUGCUUCCAGCCCACCUGAUGCAGUACCAGAGAGACAACGCUCAGGAAAACCCAUUUAGUUUCAGGCAUUUCAAUCUGUACAAGCAAGCCAUGGAGCUUGUACGCAUGGGAGACUCAAGUGUGGCAGCUUACGACCGCUUGACAUCACUAUUCAAUCACUGUGCAGCCGAGAUGAAGCUGUACACGGAUGUCAGAGAUGGCCUAGGUUUGGAGUACAGGUUAGCCGACAAUGGUACUGUUCAGAAAAUGUUACAAUCAGGAGGCGACGUAUGCAAUCCGUUCGAAGCUACACAAGUCGACGACGGAAACGAUGACAGCAACUCGUCUAAUGAGUCUGCAAAUAGGAUCGAUAACCUGCUGGCACCUGCCAGACGGAAGCAAGUUGGGAGGCCGACAAUGAGUAGGGAGAAGGCGCCAUACAAAGGUUUAAGUAAGAGAACUAGGUUCUGCGGGAUAUGUAGGCAGUAGGGACACAAGCGGACAACCUGUCACGAAUGAGGAGAUGUACCAAAGCAGCCACGCAAACCAGCAAGAGUCAAGAAUUGUGGAGUUGAAGGACACCGGAGGAACAAUUGCCACAAGGCCGCGCAACUAAGGCUGGUUUAAUGCUCGAAAGAGCUAUAUGGUGUCCAUCUUAAUAAGAUAAAUUUCAAUUUCAUCCUACUGACCUAUUUUUGAUAUCUGAGGACUAGACGUAACCCAGGUACCAUGUAUGUUUAGCUGUUAUCUGUUAAACCAGUUUCAUCCUAUUGAAAUGUUUGCUCUGAAUUUUCUG